AUGAGCAAGCACGUUGAUGGUACAUCAUUGACAGUCGAUGAUCGCUUGAAACAAAUCUAUGAAGUUUUAUCAAGACGCAAUCGUAAUCGUGCGUUGAGUCUUAAAGAUGUUGGCGUCGCUAUCCGAGCUGCUGGUUUCAGUCCAACGAAUAGCGAAUUGAAGAAAUUGAUUGAUACAAAACUGGGUUCAACUUACGCACAUCAAUUAUUUGAUCUGAAGACCAUUCAAGAGUUGUGUGUUGGCUUGAAAAAACGUCCCGAAAAGGACGUUCAUCAAAGUUUACGUUGUUUCGAUUAUGAACGCAAUGGUUUUAUAUCUGCACGAGAAUUGAAAUAUUUCCUGAGUACACGUGGCGAAAAAUUAAGUGACGAAGAAAUCGAUGAAAUGCUGCGCGAUAUGGAUAUCGAUGAGCAAGGCAUGUUAUCUAUUGAUCAAGCACUAUCAGUUUUCUCCGUGGGAGAUUUUAUUCAAUAA